CCCAGAAGAUUAACAAUGGCUCAAGCCAGGCAGAUGGCACACUCAAGCCAGUGGACGAAAAAGAGGAGGCGGUGGCAGCUGAGGUCGGCUGGAUGACCUCUGUGAAGGACUGGGCAGGGGUGAUGAUUUCUGCCCAAACCCUGACUGGCAGAGUCCUGGUGGUCUUAGUCUUUGCUCUCAGCAUUGGUGCACUUGUAAUAUACUUCAUAGAUUCUUCAAACCCAAUAGAAUCCUGCCAGAAUUUCUACAGAGAUUUCACGUUACAGAUCGACAUGGCUUUCAACGUGUUCUUCCUUCUCUACUUUGGCUUGCGGUUUAUUGCAGCCAAUGAUAAGCUGUGGUUCUGGCUGGAAGUGAACUCUGUAGUAGAUUUCUUCACAGUUCCCCCAGUAUUUGUGUCUGUGUACCUAAACAGAAGUUGGCUUGGUUUGAGAUUUUUACGAGCUCUCAGAUUGAUACAAUUUUCAGAAAUUUUGCAGUUUCUGAAUAUUCUUAAAACAAGUAAUUCCAUCAAGCUGGUGAAUCUUCUGUCCAUAUUUAUCAGCACAUGGCUAACAGCUGCUGGGUUCAUCCAUUUGGUGGAGAAUUCAGGGGAUCCCUGGGAAAAUUUCCAAAACAACCAGGCUCUUACAUACUGGGAAUGUGUCUAUUUACUCAUGGUUACAAUGUCCACUGUUGGCUAUGGGGAUGUUUAUGCAAAAACCACUCUUGGGCGCCUCUUCAUGGUCUUCUUCAUCCUCGGGGGACUGGCCAUGUUUGCCAGCUACGUCCCUGAAAUCAUAGAGUUAAUAGGAAACCGCAAGAAAUACGGGGGCUCCUAUAGUGCGGUUAGUGGAAGAAAGCACAUUGUGGUCUGUGGACAUAUCACUCUGGAAAGUGUUUCUAACUUCCUGAAGGACUUUCUGCACAAGGAUCGGGAUGAUGUCAAUGUGGAGAUCGUCUUUCUUCACAACAUUUCUCCUAACCUGGAGCUUGAAGCUCUGUUCAAACGGCAUUUUACUCAGGUGGAAUUUUAUCAGGGUUCCGUCCUCAAUCCACAUGAUCUUGCAAGAGUCAAGAUAGAGUCAGCAGAUGCCUGCCUAAUCCUUGCCAAUAAGUACUGCGCAGACCCUGAUGCCGAAGAUGCUUCUAAUAUCAUGAGAGUAAUCUCCAUAAAGAACUACCACCCGAGGAUAAGAAUCAUCACUCAGAUGCUGCAGUAUCACAACAAGGCCCAUCUGCUAAACAUCCCAAGUUGGAAUUGGAAAGAGGGUGAUGAUGCAAUCUGCCUUGCAGAGCUGAAGCUGGGGUUCAUAGCCCAGAGCUGCCUGGCCCAAGGCCUCUCCACCAUGCUUGCCAACCUCUUCUCCAUGAGGUCAUUCAUAAAGAUUGAGGAAGACACAUGGCAGAAAUAUUACUUGGAAGGAGUUUCAAAUGAAAUGUACACAGAAUACCUCUCCAGUGCCUUUGUGGGUCUAUCCUUCCCUACUGUUUGUGAGCUGUGUUUUGUGAAGCUCAAGCUCCUAAUGAUAGCCAUUGAGUACAAAUCUGCCAACCGGGAGAGCCGUAUAUUAAUUAACCCUGGAAACCAUCUUAAGAUCCAAGAAGGUACUUUAGGAUUUUUCAUCGCAAGUGAUGCCAAAGAAGUGAAAAGGGCAUUUUUUUACUGCAAGGCCUGUCAUGAUGACAUCACAGAUCCCAAAAGAAUAAAAAAAUGUGGCUGCAAACGGCUCAAGGUUGAAGCUAGAUCACACUAUCUCAGAGACCAAUCUGAGUUCAAGAUCUCAACUCCCAAUUCUCAGCUUGUGAUGGAGCCAGUUGAAGAUGAGCAACCGUCAACCCUGUCACCAAAAAAAAAGCAACGGAAUGGAGGCAUGAGGAACUCCCCAAGCUCCUCGCCCAAGCUGAUGAGGCAUGACCCCUUGUUAAUUCCUGGCAAUGAUCAGAUUGACAACAUGGACUCCAAUGUGAAAAAGUAUGACUCUACUGGGAUGUUUCACUGGUGUGCACCCAAGGAGAUAGAAAAAGUCAUCCUGACUCGAAGUGAAGCCGCUAUGACUGUCCUGAGUGGCCACGUUGUGGUCUGCAUCUUUGGAGAUGUCAGCUCAGCCCUGAUUGGUCUCCGGAACCUGGUGAUGCCACUCCGUGCCAGCAACUUCCAUUACCAUGAGCUCAAGCACAUUGUAUUCGUGGGCUCCAUUGAAUAUCUCAAGCGGGAAUGGGAGACACUUCAUAACUUCCCCAAAGUGUCCAUAUUGCCUGGUACGCCAUUAAGUCGGGCUGAUUUAAGGGCCGUCAACAUCAACCUCUGUGACAUGUGCGUUAUCCUGUCAGCCAAUCAGAAUAAUAUUGAUGAUACUUCGCUGCAGGACAAGGAAUGCAUCUUGGCGUCACUCAACAUCAAAUCUAUGCAGUUUGAUGACAGCAUCGGGGUCUUGCAGGCUAAUUCCCAAGGGUUCACACCUCCAGGAAUGGACAGAUCCUCUCCAGAUAACAGUCCAGUGCAUGGAAUGCUACGCCAGCCAUCCAUCACAACUGGGGUCAACAUCCCCAUCAUUACAGAACUAGUGAAUGACACUAAUGUUCAGUUUUUGGACCAAGAUGAUGACGAUGACCCAGACACAGAACUGUACCUUACACAGCCAUUUGCAUGUGGGACAGCAUUUGCCGUCAGCGUCCUGGACUCACUCAUGAGCGCAACGUACUUCAAUGAUAAUAUCCUUACUCUGAUACGGACCCUGGUGACAGGAGGAGCCACUCCAGAGCUUGAGGCUCUGAUUGCUGAAGAGAAUGCACUUCGAGGUGGCUACAGCACCCCCCAGACACUGGCCAACAGGGACCGCUGUCGUGUGGCCCAGUUAGCACUGCUGGAUGGCCCCUUCGCUGAUUUAGGGGAUGGUGGUUGUUAUGGUGAUCUGUUCUGCAAAGCUUUAAAAACGUAUAAUAUGCUUUGUUUUGGAAUUUACCGGCUGAGAGAUGCUCACCUUAGCACCCCCAGUCAGUGCACAAAGAGGUAUGUCAUCACCAAUCCCCCGUAUGAGUUUGAACUUGUGCCGACAGACCUGAUCUUCUGCUUAAUGCAGUUUGACCACAACGCCGGCCAGUCCCGGGCCAGCCUCUCCCAUUCUUCCCACUCGUCCCAGUCCUCCAGCAAGAAGAGCUCCUCUGUUCACUCCAUCCCUUCCACAGCAAACCGACAGAACCGGCCCAAGUCCCGGGAGUCUCGAGACAAACAGAAAAAAGAAAUGGUUUACAGAUGAACCGGAUAAUGCCUAUCCCAGAAACAUUCAAAUCAAGCCCAUGAGUACCCACAUGGCUAACCAGAUCAACCAAUAUAAAUCCACAAGCAGCUUGAUUCCACCAAUCAGAGAAGUUGAAGAUGAAUGUUGACUCCCAGGAGACCAGAACUAUUUUUUUAAAGCCUGCCAAACUUCACAAAUGGUGACGUGACUUUUCUUCCUCUUACAUGCUGAAUCACUGGUGGAAACGUUAGGAUAAAGCAAGAACUACAAGAAUAAUAAAGUAGACAGAUCUUUCUCUUUGUCUGCCUUGAAUAUUGCUUCCAUGUAUUUUGAAAAAAGGAAAUGAUUUCAUUUAUAAAUUAACAUACUAAAAUAGUAAUGUAUAGCCUCUAGCAUUUUAAAUUAUUUUUAUUUAUUAGAAAAAAAUAUAUUUUUCUUUUUUUUCAUUGUUAGAUAUCUUCCCUCUAUCUAAACAAUGCAAAAUCAAAAUGAAUGAGUGACCAGACUCCUGAGUACAUAGUUCUCUUCUUUCUCUUUUUUUCUUUGAGGAGAAUGAUGGUCACCACCACAUUUAAUUGUAAUUAAAGGAGAUGAAAUGGAAUGUUAAAACAAUGUUAAAAUGAUCCAAAUAUGUAAACAUGUAUUUAGUAAAUUCAAAAACAGAAGGCAAAAUGUGGCAGGUGAGUUUCCUGAAUGAGUGUGUAUUUUGGCUGCACUGAUACCAGCUCCUAAUAAAUGGAAACAUUUAUUUUCACAGUUGAAAGUCAUAUUUUUGUAGUUUUAGUUUUUGUUCUGUACUUUCCAUCCCUUUGUAUAAAAAAGGGAAGACUUUCUUGCAGCUUUUAUUACAAUUGCAAGAUCAAGUUUACUUGACCAUAUAAUGAUAUCAGAAAUAUGAGUACACCUGGGAUAUGAUAUUUGAGAAUCAGUUGCUUAAAAGGCACUGCUCUGUUUAUUGUUCUUAUAGUGGGGACUCCCAUAUGCAUUUAUGCUUCUCAUUUCAUAUCUCCAAACCACCUGAGCAAGUAAUCUCAACUUUGGAAGGACCUGGUGGACUUUUUUUCCAUUCCCCAAGUCUCAGAGCUUUUAACCUGAAAGUUUGUAAACAUCGGUAGACUAGUUUCACUUAACAAGAUAUGGUAAUUUGUUCCUUUUUUUUUUUUUGUCCACUGAGUUUUUGUUUAAAAACCAAACAGAACAUUUACAUGACCAAGGAGGUGACUUUUGCCCAGGUUUUAAUUUUGCUGGCUUUCCUUUAGUUGCUGGGGCAGAACACACAAAUUUGUUCCAAAGCAAGAAAUAAUAACAGCAGGGGAAAAAACAAAGCAACAAAUGCAGUAGUACCGACUUUUAGAAAAGUCCUUUGAAAAUUACCAACAAUGAAAUUAAAAGUAUCAGUCACUUCAAACUAUGGUCAAGAGUUUUUUCUAGCCAUCAGACACAAUUGCUGUCUCUUAAGAGCUCUGCUGUCACCUGCAUGCUCAGUGUAUAGUCAUAUUGGCAACUGUUAAGUUCCAAACGAUUCAGCAAAUCUUUCAACUUCAAAAUUAUCUCCAGAGAAGCAUGAAUGUGAUAGUGAUUUGUACUUUCCUCAAAAUGUGAACUGUGGACACAUGAAGAACCCAAAUUAACCAAAAUAUCCCCCACAGUCUCAUGAUACUUAGAUUCUUCAUUCUCUAGGCCAUGACCCUGUGGUGUCUCAUAGAUCAGUGCAAAUCAGAUCAGAUCCAAACACUGAGAUCACCAUGAAAACAUGUCCACUAAUAUCUCCAAUUACCAGUGUAGGCAAAUGAGCUUCCACCUCUGCUCACUCUCCGCAGAGCCAAUGUAGUUGUGUUUCCACCUUGUAGGCACUGUCCUAAAGUGACUUCGUCAGACUGUGGUUACCCUGUUGUCACAUUUUGUAGAAUUAGUUAUAUUAAAGUAUUGUGAAUAUAAUGUAACUUCAAUUGGAUUGUUUUUAAAAAACUAUUUAUAACCAAUCACUAGUCUACCCUGAAGACUAAAAUGAUGUCAGAGGUCUAUAUUCAGGCUUAUAACAUUUCCUGGUUUCCAACAAAAAGUAAAAUGAGUCAUAUUGUGGGGAAUAUCCCUUGCUAAGAUUUUACAACUUUCCUGAAAGCUAGGCCUUCUUCUACAUUAAUGAUUUUUCACUGGGGUAACCUUAGCACAAUCACCCCACACCAAUCCAUGCUCUUACUUCUUUCAUGAUACCCAGUGGGCUCUUCUUUACUCCAGUUCCUAAUAACCAUUUUCUGAAUUUGUCAUUCUGUUUGGUCUCCUCUGGCAGGCAAUGGUAGUCACCUAAAGACUCUUCCAUUAGAGGAAUGUAAGCCAUAGAGUCCCAUAUCUAUUGCCCUCUCUUCCCAAUCUCUACAUACAAAGGCAUUCUGGAAGAAAAUCAAACUCCCUUCCUCUUUUGUUAGAGAGUCUAAACUAUUUAAAAAUUUUAAUGACUAAGAUGGUCUUUUUUUAUUUUAGUGUCCAUUCUGUCCCCAUCCCAUCCCCACUCCACAUCAUAACCAAAAAAAACCCAAACAAACAAACAAACAAACAAAAAAAGAAAACAUAAUUGGCAAGAGUCUAUUUCCCUUUGUGAUUGAGCAUCAAUCCAAUCCAGUGCUAUUUUGUCUUCUUGUAAAGAACUGUUCUGAGGCAGAAAAUAAAAUUGGGCACAUUUUUUUAAGGAGAUAUAUACAAUGACCAGCUUGAGACUUCUCUGGCCUAAAAUGGUAUCCAGCAAUUGGAAAGUGAAAUAAAAAUAGAGAAAAUUUGUAAGUACAUUGAUGCACUCAAGGGAA